CUUUACAGGUAUGCUUGCUCUUGGCCCUCUGACAUACACGUUGAUCGAGAACUGGGGUUGGCGUAACAUGUUCCGUUUCCUUGGAGCUUUGAUGCUACUCAUUGCACUUCCAGCUACGAUGACGUUUUCACGUCCCAAACCACAUAAAAAUGAAUGCACAGCAGACAAACGAGAUGCUACUAAAGAGAAAAAGACGUUAGAAUGCGGAUCCGAGAAGGGAACAACCUUUGACCAGUCCAACAACUUAAGUCCGGGCAUAGUCACUGGGAAUCCGGGAGAUGUUCAGGGAGGGUUGAACAACAAGGAAAGAACUCUUGAGCAAGGUAGAUCUACCGCAUGUGUGACAGCCUAUGACAAUGUAGGGUUUUCCAUGGAAGAGAUAAAUGGGCGUGGACAAAUCAGUGGCAAUGGACAUCAGUCAGAAAUCCACAACAACAUGGAGAAAGACUCAGCUGAUAUGGUUCUGGCGGAAGAACUGAUGGACAAUAAGGAUAAGGGUCUAGUGCUGAGAAUGGAGCAAGGACUUCGUACUGACCUUUCAGAAGAUGGCAAAGAUGGUCUGAAACAACUUGGACCACUUUCCCCGGUCGCUCCUGAUUUAGUGACGAACGUAGGUAGAGGACAACCUAACCAACAAUCAACACCACAAGUGAAUGAUCUUCAGAAUGUAACAGUCGUCCAGCCGGUAGUGCUGUCAAUUGAUGGGAUAGUCGAAGAUGAUGUCGCGCCAUUUACAACCAUCAGCAUUUCAACGAAUUUUCGAUGCAAUAGCAUUUCUGUCUCUGACAUCCAGGGUGUCAAAGAAGGAAAAGAAUACGCACCUUCGCAUGCGGUGCAGCCGAAGAAUUUGGAAGAGGAAAAGGAACGAGGGUUUUUCCAAAGAUACAGGGCACUAUUCUAUCCUGAUCUCUGGCUCAUCUGCAUCUGCAUCACAGGUCUUCCAAUGAUGAACACAUUCUAUUAUAUCAAUGUGGGAGAUUUUCUUAUAUCGAGAGGUUUCGAACGUAACGUGAUCCCAUGGGUGGUCACAACGUUUGGGAUCUCCGAAUUGGCGGGUAAAAUCGUGUUGGCUGCUGUAGCUGAUCGUCUGCCCUUCCCCAAGAUCUUCAUCUAUAACUUCGCCUGUGCGGUCGGCAUGGUUGUCAUGGGCUGUCUGCUGGUAGUCAGAUCAGUCGCCUUGCUGAUCUGCCUCGCAGUUGCAAUAGGAAUGGUUGUGAUGAUGGUGGCCGAUGCGCUAGCUUACUCAAUCUGUAACCAGAUUUUCAAACCAGAAGAUUUGGUUGAAACGUGGACGGUUGUCAUGGUUACACAAGGAUUUGGAUACAUGCUGGGUUCCUUGUUUGGUCAAAGCAUAGACCGUACUGGUUCAUACAACGCUGCCAUCUUUUCCAGUAUCGGGAUAUACGCCCUCUGCGCUUUGGUUUGUACAGCGGUUCCACUUUAUCAGAGGUUUUUCGCACCAGAAAGAUUUGUGAUGUUUGAAAACCAAGAUGCAUGUAGAAGAAAACGGACAAUAAAGAAACGGUAUAAACCAGAUGACAUUGUCAAAGUACCUAAAUAGUGUGCACGUAAAACCAAGAUGCAUGUCGAAGAACACGGACAAUGAAGAA